AUGGUUUUGGUCUGUGAAUGCAGAUGUCCAUUGUUACGACUGCUUGAGGUUAAGUUCCAGUACCGUCAAAUAGCCUUCGUGAGUGGCCUUGCAGCAGGCAUUGGUGUUGUAGCAGCCUCAUUCACAACAAACGUUGUCCACUUUGCCCUUUGUCUUCUAUUGUUUCCCGGUUUGGCGUUUGGACUUAUUCUGAACUCAGCACUUGUACUACUCGGUCAUCAUUUUACAGAGUUCUACGCAUGCGCAAACGGUGUUGCUUACUCGGGUCUCUCCGUCGGUAUCUUGGUAUUUGCUCCUCUGUCUCAGUUGCUAUUCGAUACGUAUGGUUGGCAUGGCGCCCUCUUGCUGAUUGGAGGAAUACAGUUUCAUCUUGCCGUCUUGGGAUGUCUUCUCAGACCAGUGAAUACGUCAUCUCAAAUCCAACAUGGCGGAUAUUCCGAGCUUAACACACAACCAAGCACGUGUCAUGAAGAACAUGGUGAAGAAUCUACGUGUCUUGAAAAAGGAAGAUCUCUUGACCGGUGUAAAAAUCUGUUUAGGAAAUUCAUUAAAGCUACAAGUUUAGACUUGUUCAGCGAGGUAUCAUACUUGACUUUGAUAGCUUGUGUUUGUAACGUGUGUUUUGUCAACGUGUCAUGGCUAGUAUACUCGGUCCCUCAUCUCCUCAUCAAAGGUCUAACGGUGUACAAUGCUACCAUUAUCGUCUGUGCUGGCGGGAUCGGAAUCUUCAUCGGGCAAAUAAGCCAUGGACUCUUGGUUGAUUUCCAUGUGGUGAAGGGACGAACAAUGCUUUACGCGGCAAACAUCACUAUAGGGUUAACUCUACUCAGCGACCCAUUGCUCAACUGUACAUGGCCGCUAGUUGCCAAUAAUUUCUUCUUCGGGAUUGGCAUUGGCAUCACGUUGCCUCUGACGUAUACUAUGAUGAGAGAAGUGGUGGGCGUGGCCAGAAUGACCAGUGCAUUGGGCUGGGCGGAGCUGGUUGGAGGAGUGUUGCGAGUUGUUGCGAGUUUUAUGACUGGCUGGUUUUACGACCAAAGUGGAAGUUAUGACUCUGCGUUCAUUCUUUUGGGAUGUAUGUCGAUUUUAGUUAUUGUAUUUCUCAUCCUUGAAGACAUUGUAUACGCCAUACGUGAGAAAAGAAGAUCGCAUCAUCACGCUUCGCCAAGGUGAGGAGAUGGAUGCAACAACACAAGGUAGCCUCAGAAGAAUACCAAUUACAAUGCUUUUACAAAAGGUCUUUUAUUACAAAUGGAGUAAAACGCAACUACAAAGAUGGCGACGAAAACAAACACAAGCCCACGCAAGAGGGCGCUAUUACAACUACUGGCGCUUCAAAAACUAACAACCAACAUUUCAGACCAAACACCCUUAAUGCUUGUGAAUAUCACCAGGGGUGUAUAGUAUCAGAAUCCUUACAAAGACACCGUUGACCUCGCAUUCAUUUCAAAUGGAGAUUCGCAGUAAAAUCCUAUGUACGCGCUGGUCUUUUUUUGUGCUUGAUAUCUGGGGUCGUGCUUGACAUCUGGGGUAGUCGCGUGCGCCUUGACAAAAGGCUAGCGUAAACGUUGCUGGUUUGUUAUUUUGAGCGAAACAUGUGUGAGGGUUAUGUGUUUUAUACAACGGGUUGUUUUUUGUUUUUCUUUGGUCCUUUUGGGCAUGCAGUCUGUGAAAUGAAAUUCGCCUUUCAAAAUUCUCGUCUGGACAUGAUGUAAAGAUAGGCCCAGAAUACAUUAAAUGCACUGGACACUGCUAGUAAUUACUCAGAAUAAUUAUUAAACCCACACAAUAUCUUAAGGUGUCUUAUAGGUGUCUUUUACACUUGCCAAAUAAUGAAGUUUGUAUGAACGGGCUGUGUGCUGUAAAAAAAAAAUACUUUGAAAUGUAAUAAAGCUCACUAUAUUUAGAUAAAACGUGUCUACGAUAAAUCUUUAUUCUUGUUGGCAAGAGCUACUGUUU